ACUUAAACCAGCACAAGUUUCUUCCUCAUAUCCAAACUAAAUCUACACUCCUUCAGUUUAAAGCCAUUCCACCUUGUCCUAUCAGCUCCCGGCCCUUGUGCAAAGUCUCUCUCCAACUCCCUUGCACACCCUUAAAGAACUGGAAGGGGCUCUAACAUGUCCCCAAGACCUUCUCUUUCCCAGGCUGGUGGCAGGAAUACGGGCUCUUACAAAGCCUUGGCAAUCCAGAAAGGGAAAAUAUGCAGCCUGGCCAUAUUAAUUAUCUACUUAGAGGCUGCAGAAGAGCUGACUGUGAACAUCUGGGGGUGCUCCGAGACAGGUUGGUCAAAGGGCACCAGAGAUGUUCUGCCAGGAACAGAAACCUGUGUGGGUGCUGCAGCAGCAGUGGCUGUGGCCCCUGGGGAAUGAGGAAAUGGACAGGGAUGUCACCAGACCCAGUUAACUGCUCCUGACCUGUGGCUUCAAUCAGCUACCUUUGGAGAUAACCAGAAGAAAUUGCAAAUAGCAACUGUCACCCAAUUUCUGUGCAAGGAUGAACAAAUCUCCCCUGAGUAACAACAGAAAACUUCUCUUUUCUGUGGAAUUCCCUGUUUAUCAGAUUUACAACUGGUUAUAUAUUGCAGUGGGACUCCUGAGGGAUCAGCCAACUGUUUCUCCAGGGAGAAGAGGCAAGGAGCGACUCAGCUGCCUGUUCUGAGACUCUGCUUCAAGGGGAGCAAGAGCCCUUCACCUGAAAUCCUCCCACGAUGCUGUGGCUGCUGCUGCUGCAGGUCUGGGCGAGCUGCCUCUGGCUGGGACACAGCGAGCUGGUGCCAUUGUUUGUAAAUUGUCUUGAGUUCUUCUAUGGUGACACCCCCCCAGAUGCAGCAAUGAAGCCACAGAACCCAGCCUGGAUCUGCCAGACCUUAAACAACCAGCGUUUCUUUGCCACCUUGUACGACAGACAGAAGCGUAUUCCCAUGUACUCUGCUUAUAAAUACGAGCCUGGAAAGUUCCACACAAACCACACAUGGACAGUUGAGCCCCAGCUGAUAAAUGACAGUUUGCCCCAAGACAUGUACACAGUGCAGGCCCUUGAACGUGCAUACAACAUCACCAGAGCGCAAAUCAUGCAAAGCCAGGCUGUCAGCGCAGACUAUGAGAACAGCGGUUGGGACCGUGGCCAUUUGAACCCCAAUGGCCACCACAACACCCUGGCCAGCAGGAAUGCGACCUUCACCCUCACCAACAUCGUGCCCAUGGACAAAAAACUCAACCGAGGCGCCUGGAAAAAGUACGAGCAGCAAACGAUGCGCCAGAAAACCAAGAAGUGUCAAAAUGACAAAAUCUACGUCAUUGUGGGGGCUGUGCCUGGGAACUCCUCCAUUGCCGGUGGGAGGGUUAAUGUACCCAGCCACAUCUGGUCUGGUGCCUGCUGCAAGACCAGGAACAACACUGUGAGUGCUUGGGCAGCCAUUGCCAACAACAAGCACAACAGGAUCUGGAAAAUCUCCCUGGGGCACCUGGAGAAGAGGUUGGCCCAGCUGUAUGGAAUGCAAAAUGUUUCUCUUUUCCACGAUGACUGUCCCCGUAACGUAAGCCUCACAUCCUGAGCGUAAAAGGCUCGGAGGCUUUUCCCACAGAUCACAGAAUCACAGAAUGCUUUGAUUUGGAAGGGACCUCAAAGGUCAUCCGGUUCCAAACACCCCUGCAAUAUAGCAGGGACACCUUCCACUAGACCAGGUUCCUCAGAGCCACGUCCAACCUGGCCUUGAACACUUCCAGGGAUGGGGUAGACACAGCUUCUCUGGGCAACCUGUGCCAGGGCCUUACCAUCCUCACAGGGAAGGAUUUCUCCCUGAUGUGUAAUCUGUCAGUUUAAAGCCAUUCCACCUUCUCCUCUCAGUCCAUGCCCUUGUCCCCCUCCAACUGUCCUGGAGACCCUUUAGGUACUAGAAUGGGAUCCGAAUUUUCCUACGAGCCUUCUCCAGAUGAACUCCCCCAGCUCUCUCAGCCUGUCUCCAGAGCACAGGUGAUCCAGCUCUCAGAGUACCUUUGUGGCCUCCUCUGGACUCCACCCCAACUGGUUUGUGUCCUUCUCUUGUUUUGAGCCCAGGGCUGGAGGCAGCACUGCAGGUGGGGUCUCACGAGAGCAGAGGAGAGGGGGACAAAUGUCCUGUGCAGUGUCCAUCCUGCUCCCUUCUCUGGUGGGUUUCCAGCUCUGUCCCUCAAGGCAACUCCUCCUCCUGCCCUGAUAAAAAGGGAGAAGGAGGUGGGCAGAGCCUCCAGCUGGUUUGCUUUGCUGCCCAUGCUGGCAGAGAGCUCUUAGGGAUGAGUCCUCGCCCUGGCAGUCUGGAGGGAACAGCUGGAGAAGGGCCCAUGGACAAGGAAAUCAGAGCUUCUCAGUGAGACCAGAAGGGCUUUGCUUUGUUUCCCUUUUGCUCCAUGCCAAGACACAGGUCUUAGUUCCUUCCUCUCCUCAUUAGCUGUCCCUCAGAGUGUGCUGCUGACUUGUCCCUCCCCUCCUUAGGAAGGCUGUGGGACGAGGGUGGCUCAGGUUGCCCACAGGUGUUGUGGAGUCUCCAUUGCUGGAGAGGCUCAAGCCCCAAGUGGACAUGGUCCUGGACAACCUGCUCCAGCUGAGCCUGCUUGAGCAGGGGUCUGAACUAAGAGAUCUUGAGAGGUCCCUCCAAACCUCAACAACGCAGUGAUUCUGUGAUCCAGGGAACCAGAUUUUGUUUGCUUGCUUUUGAAACCUGCACCUUGUAGAAGCAGGAGCUGAGGUCUGAGAUAGGCGGGCUCAGGCAUCAGAUCUACAGGAAGCUUUGACCAGUCAGAGAUAAAUUUCUGUCUGUGAUACACUGCUUGGACAACUUCACUCUCUGCUGUGCUUCUGAACCUUUUCUGCAGAUUUAUGGCUAAAUGAUUUCAUAAAAUGUAUUCAUUGUAUUCAAUAUAAUCAAUGUAUUCAGUGUAUUCAAUGUGUCAAUCAAAAGAUCUGUGUGUGUCAGAUCAUGGAGUUCCUGAGUAGUUCAUAAUAAAAAUUAUUUGCUCCA